CGCGAUUCUUUCUGACAUUCAGUGGGACUGAUUUGCCUUCACACUGGCCCCGCGCAGCGGGGAUCCAAUCUCGCCGAGCCCUACAAGCACUGCAGCUCGAUGUAACUGAUGAUCAACCUCUCACAGCAUUCGACACACGUGCGACGACCGCGGGCCAUAAAUCAGUGCGACGUCCUGAUGUGCUCAAACACUUCAACCACCUCUGCCUUGUGAUCGUACUGAGGACAUGACUGCAUCGGACGUUGGGCAAGAAGAAUACUUCCACGAGCCGUACUACGAUGAAGACACUCCCGAGCAGGUCAGCUACGAACGCGAGAUGCUGAAGCAGCAAUUUGCGCCGUCUUCAAGCUCUGAAGUGCACGCCAGUGGGCUCGCCGCAUUGGGGGAUAAGCUGAAGAACUUCGCCAAGGAGGUCAAGCCGAGCAUGCAACUCGCGGAGUACUUUCUGUCGCUCGAGUCGCGAGUGACGAAGGACAUCUACAACCCUGAACUAUUCCCCGAGAUACGCGACGUUGCGAUCGCGCGGCAGGGCUCUGAGCUGUGCAAGGAAGAGCGCGGGUUCCUUCAGGCUCGGAGGGUUCAUGUGCGGAAUCACUUUGCUCGGUACAUGGGACUGGACGCCGAGUCGAUUCACCCAGACGACGUGCCGACUGUUGCGUGGGGAGGUAGUGGAGGGGGGUAUCGGGCGAUGUUGGCGUUACUCGGAUACACGCGCGGUGCAAAGGAAAGCGGAUUGUGGGAUCUGCUGACGUAUGUCGCGGGUGUUUCUGGCUCGUGUUGGACGAUCGGGGCACUCUACACGUUCGCUGACGGGGAUACUACCAAGCUGAUUGACCACUGCAAGGAACGGAUGCAUCCGCAUCAUCCGCUGUCUGCUUCCGCAGUGGAGAAACUACUCGGCUCUGAACGUGGCGAUUACGAGACCCUCGGACCCUUGAUUCAGAAGCAUCGCAGCGGAUUGCAUACCGUCGCGAUGGAUCUGUAUUCGGUGUUCACCACUGGAUAUCUGUUUAUGCAGACCGAUCCCGCAUUGAAACCCGCAGGAUCCGCAGCAGCCGAGGUUGCCGGCUAUCACCGUGCGUGGUGGAAGUGGUCCCAAGCCCAGCGGCGACUGGUCAAUGGUGCUGAGCCUCUUCCGAUCUUGACUGCGAUUCGUCACGAACGGCCUUGGAAAGAUUGGGUCGACUCUGAGCACCCAUUUGCGACUGGAAAUCAUCUGGAUAAAGAGCACAGGGAGGCGAGCGAUGCAUGGUUCCAGUGGUUCGAGAUGUCGCCGUUUGAGAUUGGUUGCGAUGAACUGGCCAAGUGGUGUCCUACUUUCGGGUUUGGGCGGCCGUUUGAAGAGGGGAAAUCCACUUUGCAGUUACCCGAACAAUCUUUGGCGCUUUUGUUGGGAUUGUGCACGAGCGCACCGGCUGGGCCUCUGUCGAGUUAUCUAUCCACUAUCCAACGCAAUUUGCCCACUGGCCUUAUCGGAGACACCAUCAACCGUAUCUCGUCUGGCAUAGCCAAACUUUGGGGUGCCCAUGAAACUGAGAUCUUCGAGAACCAUCAUCCUCUGCAUGCUUGCAACGAGCACAACUUUCUAUUCCAUUACACGCCCACGCCCAAGGGCCAGGGCCGUCCAGAGGGUAUCGAGAACUCGCCGCGAAUCCACCUGAUCGACUCGGGCAUGGACAACAACUGUCCGACGAUGCCCCUGCUGAAUCCGGAACGCCAGGUGGAUGUGAUUAUCAAUAUGGACGCGAGUUCGGAUGUCCAGAAGGACAGUUUCCCACAGCGCGUUGCACAGAUCGGGUCCAGGCGCGGACUGGACUUUAAGUGCCGGCUCGACAUCCAGGCGGGGACGGACCCCAAGGAUCUCGACCGAUUCAAGGGGCUGUAUGCGCAGAUCUACGACGGAACGCUCGCGCCUAGACCGCAGAAAGUAGUCGAUUCGUAUGGCAAGACGGUCAGCAACCCUCCUGCGCCCACUGUGACGAGGGACUGCACCAUGGUUUAUCUUCCUUUCCUGCCGAAUGAGGGUGCCGUGCCUGGGCUGGACCCUUCGACUGCCAAGUUCUGCGGGUCUUACAAUCUUGUUCUGACCGCGGAGCAGAUUGACAUGAUCAUCAAGCUCUCCAUGGCGAACUUCGAAGCGGGCGAGGCCACGAUCAAGCAGGCGCUUAUGGAUGCAUACAACAGAAAGAAACAGAACAGAACCGGAGGACUUUGA